GGGGGGAAAGUGUUAGAUCGGAUACGCUGUGUGUUUGAGAGAUCAGUCUUUCUCCUCAUCUCUUUCUCUAUCUAUCUCUCUCUAUCUCUAUCUCUCUCUCUCUCUCUAUUUCUCUCUCUCUAUUUCUCUCUCUCUAUCUCUCUCUCUCUUUCUCUCUCUAUCUCUCUCUCUCCCUCUCUCCUGAUACAGGCAUGACGUUACUCUCCUCUCACUCUCACAGUGAAGCCAAUAUUAGUAUGUGUGGACAGAUGGCUUUAGUACAGGGGUCUGUUAUACAUGCUCUACUUACCCCAAAGGUCUGAUUGAACCAGGACACACACACACACACACACACACACACACACACACACACACACACACACACACGCACAACACUUGUUCACAAAUCCAAGCUAUAUAAGACCACUUACCUGACACACACAUUUGUGCGCUCACAUACGCAUGUACAGUGUCUUCAGAAAGUAUUCACACCCCUUGACUUUUUCCACAUUUUGUUGUGUUACAGCCUGCAUUUGAAAUGGAUUAAAUUAAAAUGUUGUGCCCCUGAUCUACACACAAUACCCCACAAUGUCAAAGUGGAAUUUUGUUUUAGACAUUUUUACAAAUUAAUAAAUUUUAGUGUUUAACAUGAUUUUUGAAUGAUUACCCCAUCUCUGUAACCUACACAUUACAAUUAUCUGUAAGGUCCCUCAGUCAAGUAGUGCAUUUCAAACACAGAUUCAACCACAAAGACCAGGGAGGUUUUCCAAUGCCUCGCAAAGAAGGCACCUAUUGGUAGAUGGGUAUAAAAAAAAGCAGACAUUGAAUAUCCCUUUAAGCAUGUUGAAGUUAUUAAUGAUGCUUUGGAUGGUGUAUCAAUACAUCCAGUCACUACAAAGAUACAGGUGUCCUUCCUAACUCAGUUGCCGGAAAGCUCCACUAUCUGUACUGGGGUCAGCUAUUGGCCACCUGGCGUGUGUGUGUGUAGAGGACAUGUGAUGUGUUUGUGGGUCGCUCUCUCUCUCUCUCUCUCUCUCUCUCGCUCUCUCUCUCUCUCUCUCUCUCUCAUUGUGUAAGGAAUUGAGACUUUACAAUGAGCUAAGGAAUGAGUGAAGGAGGGGGAGUGGUGUGUAUGUUUGUGUGUGUGUCUGGUUGGUGUUAAGGCGUGGUUACAGUGGGAGGUAAUAGGGUGCUGUAAACUAGCAGUGAGAGUGUGUGUAGGGGUGUGUGUGUUGUCUGCGAGCCAUAGCGCCUGCUCAUCACCUCAAGCCCUGCAGUCCUCUGUCUCCCUGGGUGUUCUGGCACACACACAGGACUAGUGUGUGUGUUCAGUGGUCUGGCAGCUACACAGGAUCCAGAUUGUGUUCUGGGCAGGAAGCCAGCCUAACCCCACCCUCGUCUCUCUACGUCUCUCACUCUGUCUCUCUAUGCUCCCGUUCUCAUUUUGGUUUUAGACAUGUUUACAAAUUAAGCAUUUUUAGUGGUUAUUAGACUGUCAAAAUUGUAACUACAUUCAUCAAAAGAACACGACUGCCUGCAAAAAGAUUAGUGCAACCAUACUUGUCUCUUGAGUCCAAGCAGACAAAACAGAAAGUUAGUCUGUGUUUAAAAAAUCCCAGUACAUCAAUACAUUUUCUUUGCAGUCGCUAAAUCAUGAUGAUCAAAAUUGUAAAUACAACUAUCCAAAGGUGCAGCAUAUGGGCAAUUACUCUCAUUGUAUGCAUAUUUCACCAAACAAUUUCAUACAUACUGUAUCAAAUCAAAAAGUAUUCCUGAUUUUAAAAAAGGAAAUAAACAAUAGGUACAUUGUGUGCUGGAUUCAUGUUUUCAAUACAAAGGUUGGUUUUCUCAUAGUUUUAUAGAUUUUCCAUUGGCGCACAGAAAGACAUUCCACACUAGAAAUAAGGAAAGGUGCAUGAGUGUGCAAAGCUGUCAUCAAGGCAAAGGGUGGCUAUUUGAAGAAUCUCAAAUAUAAAAUAUAUUUUGAUUUGUUUAACACUAAUUUUGGUUACUACAUGAUUCCAUAUGUGUUAUUUCAUAGUUUUGAUGUCUUCACUAUUAUUCUACAAUGUAAAAAAAAUAAAAAAUAAAGAAAAACACUUGAAUGAGUAGGUGUGUCCAAACUUUUGACUGGUAGUAUAUGUUUCAACACAGAUCAAAAAAAUGCUUGUACGUGAUUGAGAAAAACUGUAAUGACUGAAAGGUACUACAAUGUGUAGUAUAGUAUUCUACAGUACACUACUACAUUCUAUAGUAAGCACUACACAAUCGAGGGAUACUGCAGUGUGGAGUAUAGUAUUCUACAGUAUACUACAAUUUAAUACAGAAUACUAUAGCAUUAAGUACUAUAGUAUUAUAUAGUACACUGUAGUAUUUUCUUAUGUGGGUUAACUCACUUUAUCUCUUACUUCAGUGGUAUGAUAUGAAAUAUGUACACUUUGUGUGUGGGUGCGCGUGCCGGUAUGCGUGUAUGUGUGUGUGUGCAUGUGUGUAAGUGUGUGUUUAGAGGGGCUAGUGUGUUAAGGAUAGGGUUAGGAACAAUAUGAACUACCCCCUUCCACCUUCACACAAGUCAUGGCAGCCUGAUAAGUUCAAUGAAGCCCUUGUUCCCUGUGUGUGUUCUCCCCUGACCAGGCUGCGGUGGUGGUGGUGUUUAACUUUGCCAUGGUGCUGCUCAUCUUCCCUGCCAUCCUCAGUAUGGACCUGUAUCGCAGAGAGGACCGGCGUUUUGACAUCUUCUGCUGCUUCUACAGGUAACACACACACAGAUACAGACACGCACAAUACCAACAUGUUUCAAGCAGACCACCAUAGUCCCCGUGCCCAAGGACACUAAGAUAACCUGCCUAAAUGACUACCGACCCGUAGCACUGACGUCUGUAGCCAUGAUGUGCUUUGAAAAGCUGGUCAUGGCUCACAUCAACACCAUUAUCCCAGAAACCCUAGACCCACUCCAAUUUGCAUACCGCCCCAACAGAUCCACAGAUGAUGCAAUCUCUAUUGCACUCCACACUGCCCUUUCCCACCUGGACAAGAGGAACACCUACGUGAGAAUGCUAUUCAUUGACUACAGCUCAGCAUUCAACACCAUAGUGCCCUCAAAGCUCAUCACUAAGCUAAGGAUCCUGGGACUAAACACCUCCCUCUGCAACUGGAUCCUGGACUUCCUGACGGGCCGCCCCCAGGUGGUAAGGGUAGGUAACAACACAUCUGCCACACUGAUCCUCAACACGGGGGCCCCUCAGGGGUGCGUGCUCAGUCCCCUCCUGUACUCCCUGUUCACCCAUGACUGCAUGGCCAGGCCAGGCACGACUCCAACACCAUCAUUAAGUUUGCAGACGACACAACAGUGGUAGGCCUGAUCACUGACAAUGAUGAGACAGCCUAUAGGGAGGAGGUCAGAGACCUGGCCGUGUGGUGCCAGGAUAACAACCUCUCCCUCAACGUGACCAAGACAAAGGAGAUGAUUGUGGACUACAGGAAAAAAAAGAGGACUGAGCACGCCCCCAUUCUCAUCGACAGGGCUGUAGUGGAACAGGUUGAGAGCUUCAAGUUCCUUGGUGUCCACAUCACCAACGAACUAUCAUGGUCCAAACACAACAAGACAGUUGUGAAGAGGGUACGACAAAGCCUAUUCCCCCUCAGGAGAUUGAAAAGAUUCGGCAUGGGUCCUCAGAUCCUCAAAAAAUUAUACAGCUGCACCAUCGAGAGCAUCCUGACUGGUUGCAUCACCGCCUGGUAUGGCAACUGCUUGGCCUCCGACCGCAAGGCACUACAGAGGGUAGUGCGUACAGCCCAGUACAUCACUGGGGCCAAGCUUCCUGCCAUCCAGGACCUCUAUACCAGGCGGUGUCAGAGGAAGGCCCUCAAAAUUGUCAAAGACUCCAGCCACCCUAGUCAUAGACUGUUCUCUCUGCUACCGCACGGCAAGUGGUACCGGAGUGCCAAGUCUAGGUCCAAAAGACUUCUCAACAGCUUCUACCCCCAAGCCAUAAGACUCCUGAACAGCUAAUCAUGGCUACCCGGACUAUUUGCACUGCCCCCCCACCCCCACCCCCCACCCCAUCUUUUUACGCUGCUGCUACUCUGUUAAUUAUUUAUGCAUAGUCACUUUAACUCUACCCACAUGUACAUAUUACUUCAACUACCUGAACUAGCCGGUGCCCCCGCACAUUGACUCUGCACCGGUACCCCCCUGUAUAUAUAGCCUCCCUACUGUUAUUUUAUUUGACUUCUACUCUUUUUUUCUCAACACUUUUGUGUUGUUGUUUUAUUUUAUUUUUUUAUUUAACAUAAAUGCACUGUUGGUUAAGGGCUGUAAGUUAUCAUUUCACUGUAAUGUCUGCACCUGUUGUAUUCGGCGCAUGUGGCCAAUAACAUUUGAUUUGAUUUGACACACGCACAAACACAUACGCACACACACACUAUGAGCUUGAUUCAAUCUGUAAUGCUGAAGGGCUGCGCUACAGCGUGAUAGAAAUAUAAAGCCAGUGUUCCCAUGUUAGCGUAGGCUGCAUUCAUGGUGAACGCUGCAUAUGUCGGCUCAAUCAGAAAUUAUGUUUAAAUUUCAAUCGCGGUAUAGCGCUGAACUUCAGCGAUAUGGACUGAAUCGAGCCCUCUAUAUCCCUCCCCACCCUGUGGCUGAAAAAGGUUUAUUGUGUGUUGUGUUUUUCCAUGUGAUUACAGCUGAGUGUCUCUCUCUACCUCAAAUCCCCCUCACUGAUCAUUUAAUUACUGUUUAGAGUUUUCUGUCUGUCUGGCUGGCUGUUUAUCAUUCUCUCUCUUUAGUAAACAUCAACUGCCUGCCUGUGCAUGUUCAGCUGCAAAACACUCACAGAGGCACACAUUAAAUACACUCACAGAAAUACACACAUACUGUAUACCAAACAUCUCCAGCCCCAGUGCUAACUGUCUGUCUGUCAGUCUAUCUGUCUCCAGCCCCAGUGCUAACUGUCUGUCAGUCUGUCUGUCUCCAGCCCCAGUGCUAACUGUCUGUCUGUCAGUCUGUCUGUCUCCUGCCCCAGUGCUAAUUGUAUGUCUGUCAGUCGGUCUGUCUCCAGCCCCAGUGCUAAUUGUCUGUCUGUCAGUCUGUCUGUCUCCAGCCCCAGUGCUAACUGUCUGUCAGUCUGUCUGUCUCCAGCCCCAGUGCUAAUUGUCUGUCUGUCAGUCUGUCUGUCUCCAGCCCCAGUGCUAACUGUCUGUCAGUCUGUCUGUCUCCAGCCCCAGUGCUAAUUGUCUGUCUGUCAGUCUGUCUGUCUCCAGCCCCAGUGCUAACAGACUGUCUCUCUGUCUGUGUCCCUCCAGCCCGUGUGCUAACAGGGUGAUCCAGAUUGAGCCCCAGGUCCACCUGGAUGGAGCGGACGGCAGUCGCUACAGCCCCCCUCCCCCCUCCUACCACACCACCCCUCCCACAUACAGCAGCUCACCCCCGUCCUACAGCAGCCAUGGUUUCUCCCAGCAGACUCAGAUCACCAUGCAGUCUACUGUCCAGCUGAGGACAGAGUACGACCCCAGGACUCAGGCCUUUUACACUACGGCCGAACCCAGAUCCCAGAUAUCUGUACAACCCUUUACACCCACGCCUGUAGCCACCGGCCCCGCCAACAACCCCAAUGCCAGUCACGCUGGUCACAGAAACAACAACCACCACAGCAACCAUCUCAGCCGGAGUGGGAGUAGCAGUGGUCACGUCAACCUCAACAACAACAACGGUAGCCGUGGUUCAGGCUCGGUCCCGUUCCCUCCUCCUCCCCAGUCGUCCUCUGGCGUCCCCACUGUCUCCCCCCAGGCGGGGGAGGGGGUGUGUGUGUCGGGGGAGAGUGCCAGCUCCACCAGGGAUCUGCUGUCCCAGUUUGGAGGGGCCUCUCUGGGGCUGCGCUGUCUGGAGCCCCCCUGCUCCCGGUGGACCCUGGCCUCCUUUGCCGAGAAGCACUACGCCCCCUUCCUACUGCAGCCCACCACCAAGGUCAGUCUGUCUGUCUCCCUGUGUGCGUGCGUGUUCCUCACUAGCAGUGGCUAACUCUCCCAGCCUGCUGAGUCAGAGCUAGCUAACCACAGAGCUUCAGUAGUGAUUUCCAGUAUGUUCCAGUACGUUCAAGUAAUCCUAUAUCUUAGAGCAGGGCUAGACCAGACCAGGCUUUCAGUCUGUGGUCAGUAUCUGACUAAAAACAGUUCUCUCUUCUCUCCUGGGUGGGCCCUUAACCUGACCUCCUGACGUAACUGACUCAGCCUGUAGUCAGACACUACAUUAGUCUGGCUGGAGUGUUGAGAUGGGUCACUAAACUGGGAUAGUAAAACAGGUCCUGAUAGUGGUAGCUAAGUGGUGUGACUACGUCCCAAAUGGCACCCUAUUCCCUAUAUAGUGCACAACUUGUGCACUUAACACUCAUCUCCAGUUCCCUUUGGAACAAUGGAUGUUUCUGUGGUCGUUGGGUUUCAGUCUGUAAAGGACCACCCGUGUUUGAUGUAGUGCACUUAUCUCCCUCAACCCCCCCCCCCUCCCUCUCUCCCCCCUUGCUCCCUCCCCCCUUGCUCCCUCCUCCCCUCCAUCCCUCCCUCCAGGUAGUGGUCAUCCUGUUGUUCCUGGUCCUGCUGGUGGUCAGUCUGUACGGGACCACCCGGGUGCGAGACGGGCUGGAGCUGACAGACAUCGUUCCCAGGGAGACCAGCGAGUACGACUUCAUCGGGGCCCAGUUCAAGUUCUUCUCUUUCUACAACAUGUACGUGGUGACCCAGCGGGCGGAGUACUCCCAGGCCCAGCCCCUGCUCUACCAACUGCACCGCCGCUUCAACACAGUCCGCUAUGUACUGAGAGAGGACAAUGGACAGCUGCCACGCAUGUGGCUCCACUACUUCAGGGACUGGCUACAAGGUGAGACAGACGGGGAUACAUAUACAGUACUUGGAAAUAUACAGGCUUGCACGCACACACUUUGUUGUUGUCAUAUUUGGCAGCCAUCCUCAUUAGCUGCAGUUGUUUUCCAGCAACAUGAACUAAGCCUUCAGGCUCUUUGUAGACAAGUGCACAACACUGGUGAGGGUUGAAGUGCUUGUACAUGUACGUGUGUAUAUUUAUCUGUGUCUGCGAGUGUGUGUGUGUGUGUGUGUGUGUGGCUGUGCGGGGAGCUGCAGAGUGGGUGAGUUACAGAGAGCUGUGUUUAAUAUUGCUCAGUGAGAUGGCUGGACAAAUUGGACCCAGACAGCGAGCAGAGAGAGACCUAAUACACUGUCCCAGAAACAAGCUACUGGCCAGGGGGAACAUACAGGGGAAGAGGGGGAGGUCAGGAGGAGAGAAACACGAUGAGAGAAAGAAUGAAUGAGUAUUUGUGAAGUGGAGAUAGAGAGCAUGAAGGAGAUCAAUUAAGAGGUAGAGAGAGAUAUUCUCAGCUAGUUCUACUCUCAUACAACGCACGAAGUAGCACAGUGUGCACCAUGUCCCAACGUCUUUUAACAAGGCAUUUGGUGAAGUCUCAUAGUGUACUGCGGGGGAGAAAUGUGUGUAAUUACACAAUCAUUAUCCCUCUGUGUGUUUGAAACAGAAACACAUUGACCAGUAGGCUCUGGAUUACUAGUCUCACAACUCAACCAUUUGGAAGAGAUUGAACACUUUCAACACUUUGUGCUGAGAUUCAAGUUCAAGCAGACAUAAGCAUGCAAACAACCCACAGCCAUACACAGAGAGAAAGACAGAGAGAGACCUGCUGCUGGUGUUGUUGCUUACACAGUCUCACUGCAGAAUUUGACAUUCAUCCACUUUCUCCAAACAUCAAAUUUCGAACUUACGGGUUACAUUUACAUUACAUUUUAGUCAUUUAGCAGACGCUCUUAUCCAGAGCGACUUACAGGAGCAAUUAGGGUUAAGUGCCUCGCUCAAGGGCACAUCGACAGAUUUUUCACCUAGUCAGCUCGGGGAUUAGAACCUGCGACCUUUCGGUUACUGGCACAACGCUCUUAACCGAAAUGUUAAAUGUAGGUACUCAUUCUGAAUGGUUAAGGUAAGGGUUAAGGUUUGGGAUAGGGUUAAAACCAAAAAGAAAAAACUGUGUCCACACCUGGGAUCGAACACACAACCUUGUAAUCCAGAGUCAUGGGCUUACUUGAUGGUAAUAGCGCUCACUGUUUCCCCUAGUGGCCGGUUUCAAAGGCAUUUCCCGACAUCCUCAGGACAUGGAUAGACAUCCAAUUUUGACGUCAAUCUUGAACGACCUGGCUGGUCUAGAUUUGACAUUUCAUGCAGUUUUUGUAUUCUGAUGAUGGAAUUCUGAACACGUCAUGCGUCUACACCUACAUUUAAAUGUGUCUAACGUGUCCAAAGUGUGUCCGGAUUCCCUUUUCCUGCGCUGUAUUCAAAUGCCAGUAUGUGUUCUGCAAACGGUGGAACAGGCUAAAUCUGAUAAUAACACAACUACCACUUGAUGGCAGUAGCCAUCUACUGUAACUAACUAGCCAGCUACCCUAUGUAGCUAGCCAGCAAGCUAGCUAGCAAAGAUAAAGGGAUUACAAACAGAUUAGCAUAACUCUACCCAAACAAUUUCUUUCUUCUAAAUAAGCUAGCUGGCUAGCAUUUACGAAUAAUAAUAAUAAUAAUAAUAUGCCAUUUAGCAGACGCUUUUAUCCACAUUUUUGUGUAUGGGUGGCCCCGGGGAUGGGUGGUCCCGGGGAUCGAACCCACUACCUUGGCGUUACAAGCGCCGUGCUCUACCAGCAGAGCUACAGAAGGCAGCAAACACGUUCCUCACAUGCUAGGAACAUAUUUCCUUCAACGUUUAAUGAAGUUGCAUGUAAGUGCCAAGUGUAGACACAGCCUGAGGUCUUGGGGACUGUGUAAUUGUGAGAGAAAGAGAGGUUGUCGUGAGACUGAAAUGGAGCGGGUUCUACAGAAGAUGUCAUUACUGUGUUGUAUGGCUAUAUCUAGUCAAUAUCCCCAUAGGCCAGAGCUCAAAGUAUGGUGAUCUCCUUGAAGAGAGACUUCACAUGUUGUUGUGCUCUGUUUUUAUUUGUGUCCGAUUGGUCAUGCUCCUAUUGACUGCUGCUGUGUCUCUGUUGGCUGUUUGAGGAGUGCAGUCAAGGCGUGACCGUGGUCUGCUUUUAAAGGUUCCCUUGAAGGAUGCAGUCAUACCCACCAGUCGUUGUGGAAAACAUAGUCCUGUUUUGGAUAUGUGGUCAUGUUUUGUGUGUCUUUUAUAAAAUAGUAUUGUCCUGUUUUGCAGUGUGAAUGUAAUCAACGUUCCCUCUAAGCUGCUCGCGUGUGCGGGCACGCAGUAGCCCCAAGACUGCCGUGCAGAAUAAAUAUUAGCCCACAGAGAGAAGCACGAGAUUUAAUGAACUUCACUCAACUUUCUAGAGCAGUGGUCACCAACCGGUCAAUCGCGAUCCACUGGUCGAUCUCCAAGGCAUUCAUAGUCGAUCACCAAACAUUUCUGUAAAAAACCCAUUGAUAAAGUGUUUUCUUUCUUCGUCUCGGGCUGUUUGCGGUAGAUGCAUCUGAUUCAGCUGCCCUGUGAGCCGGGUAGGCAACUGUUGCCAUUUUUAACCAUUUCAUGUGUCUGAAGGUACAAACUCUGCAUUCCCGGCGGGCCCGGAGAGCAAAUCAAGUGCACUAUAGGCCUACCUAUAGUGCACUUGAUUUGAGAUUAAAGCGAGAGCUGCAUGUAGCCACGUGUGCACAUUGUGUUCAUACCCUUUGCUAGUUAGUGAGUUAUUUGCCCAGUUAUAGAUCAUUUGUAGUCAACAAUAGGGGAGUGAUUACUUCCUACAAGAGCACAAAACGUGUACAUUUCUAGACAUCUUUGAAAAGCCAGUCAGGUAAAGACCUUUUUUUGUCUUAAAGGGGCAGUGUUGUAUUUUGAGACAGGCUUGAAUAAGCUAAGUAGCCAAUAGGCAGAGGGUAGCAUAAUUUGUCUGAUUCUCUGUAAUAAAUAAUAAUAAUGCAUUUUAUUUUGUAAAGUUGUUUCUUGCAUCAAACAACACGAACACAUUUUCAGUCACCUCCUUGUCUGAAGGACAAGUGGAUAAACAGGUUAAUGUCAAGCCCUGCAUGUUUUUUUCAAAAGUCUCAUGGAAUGUAGGCCUACAUUGAACACCACACAUUGGCUGCUACUGUGGGCUGAAUGAUAGAAUAGUUAUUUCCAAUGUUAUGGGAUGCAUUUUCUCCAUUGUUUUUGAUGGUAGGCCACUCUGGUAGGCCUACAUUAUGAUCAAAUAGCCACAGCAGCUACUUGGCCACUUUUAAAACUGUAACUUAAAGCAGGUACAUCCUCAGUGUUCACAGUAAACGCGCACUGGAAGUGACAUUUUCAAGUUUGCGCUCAGCAGACCUGAAAUUUGCUCAGCGCCUAAAUAAAUACAUGGAAUGUAACGUGUUGAUAGUUCUGUUGGUCUUGGUGUAGAAUGUGGUCCUGUUUUUGAUGUGGUCAUGUUUGUGUGUUCAAGUCAGUUUUGUAGACUAGAGUGGGGUUGUGUUUAACAUGUUGUGAUGUAUGGUUAUGCUAAGGUUGUUUUGUGAUGUUUGGUUAUGGUUAUGUUGUGGUCGUUUUGUGUGUUGUAUGUAUGGUUAUGUUAUCGUUGUUUUGUGUGUUAUGAUGUAUAGUUUUGCAACGUGGUCUCAGAGCAUUCCGUAUUAUUCUGUAAGUAAAUCCAAGAUACUCCAUUUAGUAUGAUACGUGUUAAUUUGUGGAUGUCCAUCAUCGAUUUCGUAUAUGUUACAAAUUACAAUUCAUAUGAUAUGUUACGAAUUGCAAUUUGUACAAUUUGUUAAGAAUUCACAAAAAUUACAAUAUAUUACCAAUUAACAAAACGUAUGAUAUGUUACGAAUUCCAAUUUGUUUUGCUAUCAUUAGCUAGGUGGCUAGCACUAAUGUUAGCUAGCUCUAUGAGUUAAGGUUAAGGUUAGGAGUUAGGUUAAAGGGUUAUGAUUAGGGGAAGGGUUAGCUAUAUGGUUUAAGGUUAGGGUUAGGGGAAGGGUUUGCUAAAAGGGUUAAGGUUAGGUUUAGGGGAAGGGUUAGCUAACAUGUUAUGUAGUUGCAAAGUAGCUAAAAAGUAGUAAGUCAUUGAAAUGUUGCUAAUUAGCUCAAAUGCAAAAGUUGUCCGUGAUGAUAUUCGAACACGCAACCUUUGGGUUGCUGGACAUUCGUGUUAUAAGUCUACCCAUCCACCCUGACCAACCACCAUCCUUUCGAUUUUGCCAUAGCCCUUUCCUGCAGUCAAAUGACCUAGUGGCCUCAUGGGUGGAAUCUUAUUCAUAUUUAAAAUAAUUUCAUAAUUAAUAAACUUUUUUUUUUUUUUAAACGCUGAAAAUGUCAAACAGUUUUGUUAUAUUUCAGUCUUCUGUGAUAUAUAUAAAGUAUAAUAUUGGGAUGGAAACUCAAAAUGGAAUACAUUUCAACUCUAUAUCUGACAAGGUACAGGUGUCUUCUUUUUUGUAAGCCCAUAACGAUGUGUGUGAGGUGUAUACUUUUGUUUCAAGGUAGAUUUGUUUACGAGUACCAAGAAACACUGUGUGACCCUGAUUUAGCCCACUGCAGUAAUUAUUAACCCUCUGUCUUAUGUAACCAUACCAAACAUAACAUCAAAUCAAAUCAAAUUGUAUUUGUCACAUGCGCCGAAUACAACAGGUGUAGACCUUACCGUGAAAUGCUUACUUACAAGCCCUUAACCAACAAUGCAGUUCAAGAAAUAGAGUUAAGAAAAUAUUGACUAAAUAAACUAAAGUAAAAAAAUAAAUAAAAAAAAUAACAAGAACAAGGUUAUGUACAGGGGGUACCGGUACCGGAUUUGUACAUGUACAGUUGAAGUCGGAAGUUUACAUACACCUUAGCCAAAUACAUUUAAAAUCAGUUUUUCACAAUUCCUGACAUUUAAUCCUAGUAAAGAUUCCCUGUCUUAUGUCAGUUAGGAUUACCACUUUAUUUUAAGAAUGUGAAAUGUCAAAAUAAUAGUAGAGAGAAUUAUUUCUUUCAGCUUUUAUUUCUUUCAUCACAUUCCCAGUGGGUCAGAAGUUUACAUACACUCAAUUAGUAUUUGGUAGCAUUGCCUUUAAAUUGUUUCACUUAGGUCAAACGUUUCGUGUAGCCUUCCACAAGCUUCCCACAAUAAGUUGGGUGAAUUUUGGCCCAUUCCCCCUGACAGAGCUGGUGUAACUGAGUCAGGUUUGUAGGCCUCCUUGCUCGCACACGCUUUUUCAGUUCUGCCCACAAAUCUUCUAUAGGAUUGAGGUCAGGGCUUUGUGAUGGCCACUCCAAUACCUUGACUUUGUUGUCCUUGAGCCGUUUUGGCACAACUUUGGAAAUAUGCUUGGGGUCAUUGUCUAUUUGGAAGACCAAUUUGCGACCAAGCUUUAACUUCCUGACUGAUAUUUGAGAUGUUGCUUUAAUAUAGCCACGUAAUUUUCCUUCCUCAUGAUGCCAUCUAUUUUGUGAAGUGCACCAGUCCCUCCUGCAGCAAAGCAACCCCACAGCAUGAUGCUGCCACCCCCGUGCUUCACGGUUGGGAUGGUGUUCUUGGGCUUGCAAGGAACCCCCUUUUUCCUCCAAACAUAUCGAUGGUCAGUAUGGGCAAACAGUUCUGUUUUUGUUUCAUCAGACCAGAGGACAUUUCUCCAAAAAGUACGAUCUUUGUCACAUGUGCAGUUGCAAACCGUAGUCUGGCUUUUUUUAUGGCGGUUUUGGAGCAGUGGCUUCUUCCUUGCUGAGCGGCCUUUCAGGUUAUGUCGAUAUAGGACUCGUUUUUGUCACGAUCGUCUUGAGAAGUGGACCAAUGCGCAGCGUGAUAAGUGAACAUAUUUUAUCAUUUAAUUCACCACACGAACAAAACAACAAACGAUACGAAACGUGAAGUCCUUGGUUACAAUACAAACCAUACGGAACAAGAUCCCACAAACACUGUGGAAAAAACAGGCUACCUAAAUAUGGUUCCCAAUCAGAGACAACAAGCAACAGCUGAUUCACGUUGCCUCUGAUUGAGAACCACACCGGCCAACAUAGAAACAAACGAACUAGAAAAUCACCCUAGCACACAACACACAUAGAAACCACACACCCUGGCUCAACAUAACAGAGUCCCAGAGCCAGUGCGUGACAGUUUUACUGUGGAUAUAGAUACUUUUGUACCUGUUUCCUACGGCAUCUUCACAAGGUCCUUUGCUGUUGUUCUGGGAUUGAUUUGCACUUUUUGCACCAAAGUACGUUCAAAUGAUGUCAAUUAGCCUAUCAGAAGCUUCUAAAGCCAUGACAUAAUUUUCUGGAAUUUUCCAAGCUGUUUAAAGGCACCGUCAAUUUAGUGUAUGUAAACUUCUGACCCACUGGAAUUGUGAUACAGUGAAUUAUAAGUGAAAUAAUCUGUCUGUAAACAAUUGUUGGUAAAACUACUUGUGUCAUGCACAAAGUAGAUGUCCUAACCAACUUGCCAAAACUAUAGUUUGUUAACAAUACAUUUGUGGAGUGGUUGAAAACGUGUUUUAAUGUUUCCAACCUAAAUGUAUGUAAACAUCCGACUUCAACUGUAGGUAGGGGUAAAGUGACUAUGCAUAGAUGAUAAACAGCGAAUAGCAGCAGUUUAAAAACAUAGUGGGGGUGUAUCAAUGUAAAUAGUCCGGGUGGCCAUUUGAUUACUUGUUCAGCAGUCUUAUGGCUUGGGGGUAGAAGCUGUUAAGGAGCCUUUUGGACCUAGACUUGGCGCUCCGGUAUCGCUUGCCGUGUGGUAGCAGAGAGAACAGUCUAUGACUUGGGUGACUUGAGUCUUUGACAAUUUUUAGGGCCUUCCUCUGACACCGCCUGGUAUAGAGGUCCAGGAUGGCAGGAAGCUUGGCCCCAGUGAUGUACUGGGCCGUACUCACUACCCUCUGUAGCGCCUUAUGGUCGGAUGCUGAGCAGUUGCCAUACCAGGUGGUGAUGCAACCAGUCAGGAUGCUCUCGGUGGUGCAGCUGUAUAACUUUUUGAGGAUCUUGGGACCCAUGCCAAAUCCUUUCAGUCUCCUGAGGGGGAAAAGGUGUUGUCGUGCCCUCUUCACGACUGUCUUGGUGUGUUUGGACCAUGAUAGUUUGUUGGUGAUGAGGACACCAAGGAACUUGAAACUCUUGACCCGCUCCACUACAGCCCCGUCGUUGUGAAUGGGGGAGUGUUCGGCCCAACCUUUCCUGUAGUCCACGGUCAGCUCCUUUGUCUUGCUCCCGUUGAGGGAAAGGUUGUUGUCCUCGCACCACACUGCCAGGUCUCUGACCUCCUCCCUAUAGGCUCUCAUCGUUGUCGGUGAUCAGGCCUACCACUGUUGUGUUGUCAGCAAACUUAAUGAUAGUGUUGGAGUUGUCCUUGGCCACGCAGUCGUGGGUGAACAGGGAGUACAGGAGGAGACUAAGCACACACUCCUGAGGGGGCCCCGUCAGCGGCCCGUCAGGAAGUCCAGGAUCCAGUUGCAGAGGGAGGUGUUUAGUCCCAGGGUCCUUAGCUUAGUGAUGAGCUUUGUGGGCACUAUGGUGUUGAACGCUGAGCUGUAGUCAAUGAACAGCAUUCUCACAUAGGUGUUCCUUUUGUCCGGGUGGGAAAGGGCAGUGUGGACUGCGAUUGAGAUUGCGUCAUCUGUGGCUCUGUUGGGGCGGUAUGCGACUUGGAGUGGGUCUAGGGUUUCCGGGAUGAUGGUGUUGAUGUGAGCCAUGACCAGCCUUUCAAAGCACUUAAUGGCUAUUGACGUGAGUGCUACAGGCCGGUAGUCAUUUAGGCAGGUUGCCUUCACUUUCUUGGGCAUAGGGACUAUGGUGGUCUGCUUGAAACAUGUAGGUAUUACAGACUCGGUCAGGGAGAGGUUGAACAUUUCAGUGAAGACACUUGCCAGUUGGUCCGUGCAUGCUAUGAGUACACGUCCUGGUAAUCCAUCUGGCCCCGCGGCCUUGUGAACAUUGACCUGUUUAAAGGUCUUGCUCACAUUGGCUACAGAGAGCUUGAUCACACCGUCAUCUGGAACAGCUGGUGCUCUCAUGCAUGCUUCAGUGUUGCUUGCCUCGAAACGAGCAUAAAAGGCAUUUAGCUCAUCUGGUAGGCUCGCUUCACUGGGCAGCUCGCGGCUGGGAUUCCCUUUGUAGUCCGUAAUAGGUUGCAAGUCCUGCCACAUCCGAGUGUCAGAGCCGAUGUAGUAGGAUUCAAUCUUUGUCCUGUUUUGACGCUUUGCCUGUUUGAUGGUUCGUCUGAGGGCAUAGCGGGAUUUCUUAUAAGCGUCCGGAUUAGUCAGAUUAUUGUACCGUUCCUUGAAAGUGACAGCUCUAAUCUUUAGCUCGGUGCGGAUGUUGACUGUAAUCCAUGGCUUCUGGUUGGGAUAUGUACAUACGGUCACUGUGGGGACGACGUCGUCGAUGCACUUAUUGAUGAAGCCGGUGACUGAGGUGGUAUACUCCUCAAUGCCAUUGGAUGAAUCCCAAAACAUAUUCCAGUCUGUGCUAGCAAAACAGUCCUGUAGCGUAGCAUUCACGUCAUCUGACUACUUCCAUAAUGAGCUUGUCACUGGUACUUCCUGCUUUAGUUUUUGCUUAUAAGCAGGAAUCAGGAGGAUAGAAUUAUGGUCAGAUUUGCCAAAUGGAGGGCGAGAGAGAGCUUUGUAUGUGUGUGGAGUAAAGCUGGUCUAGAGUUUUUUUUCCCUCUGGUUGCACGUGACAUGCUGAUAGAAGUGAGGUCAAACUGAUUUAAUUUGCCUCCAUUGAAUUCCUCGGCCACUAGGAGCGUCGCUUCUGGAUGAGCAUUUUCUUGUUUGCUUAUGGCGUUAUACAGCUCGUUGAGUGCGAUAAUAGUGCAUCGCUUUGUGGUGGUAAAUAGACGGCUACGAAAAAUAUAGAUGAAAACUCUCGUUGGCCAAUAGAACGGAUGGUUGAGGCGGGUUACCCACUCGCCGAUGAAUUCUCACAAGGCACCCCGAUCUCCGCCCCCUGUAUUUCUGUCUUUCAUUCACACAAAUGACAGGGAUUUGGGCCUGGUCUCGGAGAAGCACUAUAUCCUUCGCAGCGGACUUAUUAAAUAAAAAAUAUUUGUCCAGAUCGAGGUGAGUAAUCGAUGUUCUGAUAUCCAGAAGCUCUUUUGAAAUCAAAUCAAAUCAAAUGUAUUUGCCACAUGCGCCGAAUACAACAGGUGUAGACAUCACAGUGAAAUGCUUACUUACAAGCCCUUAACCAACAAUGCAGUUUAAGAAAAAAAUAGUUAAAAAAAAAUAAUUAAAGAGCAGCAGUAAAAUAAAAUAACAGUAGGAAGGUUAUAUACAGGGGGUACUGGUACAGAUUCAAUUUGUGGGGGCACCGGUUAGUUUUUGGUCAUAAGAGACGGUAGCAGCAACAUUAUGUACAAAAUAAGUUACAAACAAUGCGAAAAAACACACAAAAUAGCACAGUUGGUUAGGAGCCCGUAAAACGUCAGCCAUCCCCUCCGGUACCAUUAUCAUAUUCUAAUUUGAGUGUCCCAGAUUUAUGUGUACUAUGUUACGUCUAGUCUAUGAGACCAGUCUGAGUUUUGUUAUGGUUGUGUUAUGGUUGUGUUGUGGUUGUGUGUCUACAGCUCUGCAGGCAGCGUUUGACCAGGACUGGGAAGCGGGUCGGAUCACACAGAGCAGCUACAGGAACGGUUCAGACGACGGGGUCCUGGCCUACAAACUACUGGUACAGACCGGACGCAGGGACAAGCCCAUCAACUUCAACCAGGUGAGAGACAUUUAUUAAUAUCAGGCUAAACCGCUGCUACCAGGUGAGACUGGUCUCCAACCCAUCUAUUAAAACAAAGUGAGUUUGUGAUCAAAACCCAUUCAUUUCAACUAGGUGGGAGUACAGUAUAACGAAAAUCCUUUAUCUAAACCAGGUGGGUGUGGGAUCGUAAGUCAUUCACUUUAACCAGGGGAUUACUUGAUGAUUACUCCACAGCAAGCCUGUCAACCUCUGUCCUUCUAAUCUCUUGUCCUGACAUGUAGCAGUGGUACAGUAGGAUUGUACAAAAUUAGAUUUGACUAAGCCUCGGAGAAUGGGAUACUGAGUGAUACACAGGCCAUUUUGUCGUGUGUGUGGGUGAGUCUUUGUGCAGGUGUGCGUUGUAAUGGUUUUGACUUAACUUGAGGUUAGUAGGGGUGCAAGGUAGGUCGGUCUACCAGAGAAAUUGUAUGAAUUUUCCUUUUGUUUUGUGAGUCUGUCUCAUCUGUCAGUCAUAGUCUAGACCAAUACAAAGGACUUAUGUAAAAGUCAGUGUUGUAAAAUACACCCUUAAACAAAUAAAUAACUGUUAUUUUGCGUUGGUUGUAUAUUCAAAAUAAAUGAUCUCACAAACAAUCUCAAUAAUAAUACCUUUGGUUCACUGAGGUAAAUGCCCCCUACCUCAGCAUUAAAACAUUUGCACGGCCUGGUAAAUGAUUAGAGUGAAUCCCAAGUUACCUCAGUCGCAAGCAAUUGUCCAUUCAUAAAUUCAGAAUGCAAUAACCACCCGUUCCACACAGCAAUACCAAUGAUAAGGAUUCACUAUCUUUUCACCAACAACUGAACACAUAACCCAAACCAACACGGAGUAAAUCACAAUAAAACGAAUGAAAUACCACUUGAAAAAAGUUGCAAUUGGUCAGUCAGUCAAUCCAAUCCGCCAACAGAUCUCCAGCGGAGAAAGGCCACGUAGAACAGCUGAUACCAACAGAGAUUUGUCCAACAAUAGAAAUGAGUGGGGCCGUUCUUUGUUAAUGUUACGACACGGCUACAAUGCACACUGUUAAAUAUAACAAAACAAAACGGUCUAAAGGAGCUAUGGAACUGAGGGUUUGACUACCUCAUUCGCACCACCAUCACCCAUUUUUGUGCAGCUGAUGCUGGCAAUUUAAUAGGGAAUGAAAGGGGAAGCGCAGCGUUGGGAGGAGAAGCACUGAGGCAGUUCAGACAAAUUUGGGUCCGUCAUAGGUUUCUCUCUCUCUACCCCUUCUCUCUCUUGCUGAUGACUUUACCAAGCCCAGGAAUUUACAGCCCUCACUGGGACUGCAAACCCACCUCUGAAAAAGCUAUUAAGCCAUUUUCUGCUAUCUAAAGGCUAGAGAUGCCCGACUCUAACCAUAGUGUGUGUUUGUGUUCCCUUCUGCUUCAGAUAAGACCGUUUAACAGCUUUACAGUGUCCCUAGGUCCUAGCUGGGUGUGAUAGUAAGCCGCUAGAGAGAGGAAGGGGAAAUAGAUGUCAUUAUAAACUGGCUGGUUUGAGCCCUGAAAUGCUGAUUGGCUGAAAGCCAUGACAAAACAUGUAUUUUUACUGCUCUAAUUACGUUGGUAACCAGUUUAUAAUAGCAAUAAGGCACCUCAGGGGUUUGUGAUAUAUGGCCAAUAUACCACGGCUAAGGGCUAUGUCCUAGCACUCCACGUUGCGUCGUGCUUAAGAACAGCCCUUAGCCAUGGUAUAUUGGCCAUAUACCACACCCCCUCAAGCCUUAUUGCUUAAAUAUAACACCUCCUGAAGUCUCAAGGUAUGUGUUGGUGUGUGUGUGUGUGUGUGUGUGUGUGUGUGUGUGUGUGUGUGUGUGUGUUGGUGUACCUGGUGUACCCUAGAUUCCCCACUAUUUAGAUAAUUGUGUAGCCUAGCAGUAUCUCCCAAAUUGUGUUCUGCUACAUAUGUUGUUCUGUUAGUUGGAUGGGCUUUUGCCUUUGGUUAGUUGAUGGUGAACCACUGGCCUAGAUGUCACAAAACAGUCAGGGCCUGGGAGGCGUGCUGGUGUGCGGGCAGCCCUGUGAUGUCACUUCACACUGCAGGGUGGCGAGGGGCCGCCGACCGUGCUCCAUGGGCUUCCCAUGACAGCUUGAAGACAUACAGUUAUUACGUAUCCUUAAUGCAAGAGAGACCUCUCUCUCUCUCUCUCCCCCUCUCUCCUCUCCCAUCCCUAUGUUGAGAGAGAGAGAGAGAGAGAGAGAGAGGCGCUGCCUUUGCUACUGCUAUCAAGAGCCCUUUUGUUCUCUGUCCGGAUCCGACUAGGGUGCAGGGCAUUCUGGGUAUCCGUAGGGGUCAGGAAAAGCAAGCGCAAGCAACAUUUGUACAGAUGCUGUGUUCUUUUUAUAGCUUUACUCCAUUUGCAGGGUGGCAUUUUCUUCAGUGUUAACAGCGAGGUUAACUACACACAGACGUGCACAGGGACCCCAGCCAAUUUUUUUUAUUGUUAUGCUAACUCAAGCUAUUUUCUUCGCCACCUAAAACCUCCUCACCUCCCUCAAAACCUACCCACAGGACUCCUCCUCACCCCUGCCUCUGUGAACGAGGGAUUUAUUGUCAUGAGAAGGGUGAGUGGCGUGGAGCGGUGUGCAGUAAUGGCUGCACCUCUAAGGAGGUAGCUAGCUACGACCCACCACUCUCACAAGGGAUGGAGCUACAGCCCUCAGAGAGUCCCGAGAGGGGGAGUCUAGCGCUAGCCGCUAGGCUAGUUAGCUCUGUGGGGAGAAGGAGCUACAGUAGUUAGCUGCUUCUGUUAGGGAAUGGAGUUAGUCGUAAGAGAAAUGUGCUAGCUAGUUUGAUGUGAUGAAGCAGUGUGUAGUAAUAUCUGUAACGUUCAGGAGCUAGCUACUAAGGCCUGAGCCAUGAGAGGGAGGGAGGGAGGGAGGGUAGCUUGCUACUAGCCAGCCCUGUUGUGGAAGUGAGGUAACCAGAUAGUUCUGUAGGGGAAAUGAGGUAGCAAUGUGAGAGAAAGUAGAGAGGGAAUCUAGUUAUCUCUCAGAGGGCUAGGAGGGUGCACACUAUAUCAGGGCUGUGCGAGCUAGCCUUUGCUAGUUAGUUGUGCUGGAGAGGUAGGCUGGUUCCCAACACAUUACCUGCAUGUUUUUUUUGUUCUCAGGAGACUAACACAUCUGACCGCCCCUGAAAAGCUGAUUUGACAUUUCCAUUUUCCAUGUUUAAAUGUAGGCCUAAUAAUUCUGGGAAGCUCACCGAGAAGUACGGGAAUUUUCAAAAGGCACCAGUGUUUGACUGUUUACUUUUCUUUUGGUUGGAGAGAGGUAGAAAUAUUUUCGCUUAUUUUUAAAGCGGGUACGUUUUCUCAUGCUCAUGCAUGGGUAUAAUUUCUGCGGUGGGUUCAUCUGGAGGAAGUUUUGGGUCAACAUGUCAUUUCUACAAUUCACGUCCGUUGCUAACCACCAAUGCAUUGAGCAUCAAUAACAUUUUAUUUUAUUUGAUAUAUCUCUCUCUCUUUCUCUUCCACCAUCUCCUCUUCUCUUUCUUACUUUCUUGUCCUCCCUCCCCCUCAUCUUCCCUCUCCUCCUCUCUUUCUUACUUCCUUAUCCUCCCUCCCCCUCAUCUUCCCUCUCCUCCUUCUCUCCCUCUAUCCUUCUUUUUAAUUAUUAACUAUUCUCUAGCUGACUAGGCAGCGCUUGGUGGAUGUGGAUGGCAUCAUCAACCCGGUGGCGUUUUACAUCUACCUGACGGCGUGGGUCAGCAACGACCCGGUGGCGUACGCAGCCUCGCAGGCCAACAUACGGCCACCCCCCCCGGAGUGGCUCCACGACCGCACAGACUCCAUGCCCGAGACACGCCUCAGCAGUGAGUGACCAAUCACAGCACACUUAACUUUCACAAACGCCUUUCAGCGGCCAAUCAUAUCAGACACGCUUUUUUGCUCACAUUAAUUAUUUGGCACUGGCCUACAGAUUUGGCAAUUCAAUUGAAAAAGACAGACUUUAUUUAAGAAUUGUGCAGGAACAAUUGUUUUCUACCUCUAGAGUUGAAUAAAAUACUGCUUUAUGGUGACAUGGAGCUAUCCAUCAGUUUGUGUCACUAAAGACAGUCAUAUACGUUUAUGCACUACUUGUUAGCCUAUGUUUUGUGGCCUAGCUAUUCUGUGGGUUUCACCUUGAACAUAACAUUUUACCUCUUUUGCUCAACUUCAAUUCCAUAGGCUUGUAUUACAUUAGAGCUGCAGUUAUGUUAGAGUACCUGUUUGACUCAUUCCAUCUGUGGAGUUACUGACCCUUAUCUGCUUUCUGGUUUUAACUGAGGUAGUUUACAGUAUACUGUACUGAGCUGUGUGUGUAUGUGUGUGUGUGUGUGUGUGUGUGUGUGUGUGUGUGUGUGUGUGUAUAUGUGUGUGGGGGGCAGGGAAUAGCGCACUGUGGUACUCUAAUGGUGCCUGUGGUGAAUGUCAUAACUCUUACCACCACAGGCCCCUAUGGAUUGCACACACACACACUUAAAACUCUGUGACCCCAGAACUGCCUACACCCUGUUUUAAUUUCCUUACCACACACACAGAGAGAGAGAGAUGAGAGGAGAGAGAUGAUGAGAGAGAGUGAGAGGAGUGAGAGAGAACGAGAGAGAGAGAGAGAGAGAGAGAGACGGGAGAUCGCUCAUAAUCGACAUCUCUAUCGAUCUAAGACCCUAGUACUGAUCUCUUCUCUCUCUCUCUCUCUACGUCUCAUAUUCGCUCUAGAGCAUCUACUCUUAAGCUCUCCUCUCAGCCGAGCCGUUAGGCAACAUCUUUGAGUGAGAGAUGAACGAUUGGUUAACAAGCAAAGGCUUUGGUGGGAUAGGCGAUUGGCUAACAAGCAGGAAGUGCAUUACAGGGGUGAAGAUGUGAUUGGAUAACAAGCAGUGAGUGUAAAUAUGAUUGGCUAAGCAAGGUAGAGAGCUUAGCUGUACAGGAACCCCCUGGAGCAGAGCUCCAACUCCCAGUCCUAAUGGACAUUUAUAUUGGAGAUUAUAAUGGGCCAAACCAUGUUAGCAAGUAGUGCUGGCUGACCCUCCAGGCACUGGAACACACAAGCACACACACACCACAGAGAGUCUUUGCGGUGUCAUUUUUGGGAUGUUUUUGAUCAAACAUAUGUUUUCGAAAUAAAAGUCUUUGUAAUAAAAAAUCCUAGGUAAAACAAUGUGGAAUGGAUUUUAUUAGUGGGGGUGUGGUGGAUAUAAUAUAUUAUAGUGGGUGUUGUGGGUAUAUGUACACUGCUCAAAAAAAUUAAGGGAACACUUAAACUCCAAGUCAAUCACACUUCUGUGAAAUCAAACUGUCCACUUAGGAAGCAACACUGAUUGACAAUACAUUUCACAUGCUGUUGUGCAAAUGGAAUAGACAACAGGUGGAAAUUAUAGGCAAUUAGCAAGACACCCCCAAUAAAGAAGUGGUUCUGCAGGUGGUGACCACAGACCACUUCUCAGUUCCUAUGCUUCCUGGCUGAUGUUUUGGUCACUUUUGAAUGCUGGCGGUGCUUUCACUCUAGUGGUAGCAUGAGACGGAGUCUACAACCCACACAAGUGGCUCAGGUAAUGCAGCUCAUCCAGGAUGGCACAUCAAUGCGAGCUGUGGCAAGAAGGUUUGCUGUGUCUGUCAGCGUAGUGUCCAGAGCAUGGAGGCGCUACCAGGAGACAGGCCAGUACAUCAGGAGAUGUGGAGGAGGCCGUAGGAGGGCAACAACCCAGCAGCAGGACCGCUACCUCCGCCUUUGUGCAAGGAGGAGCAGGAGGAGCACUGCCAGAGCCCUGCAAAAUGACCUCCAGCAGGCCACAAAUGUGCAUGUGUCUGCUCAAACGGUCAGAAACAGACUCCAUGAGGGGUGGUAUGAGGGCCCGACGUCCACAGGUGGGGGUUGUGCUUACAGCCCAACACCGUGCAGGACGUUUGGCAUUUGCCAGAGAACACCAAGAUUGGCAAAUUCGCCACUGGCGCCCUGUGCUCUUCACAGAUGAAAGCAGGUUCAUCUGUGACAGACGUGACAGAGUCUGGAGACGCCGUGGAGAACGUUCCAGCAUGACCGGUUUGGCGGUGGGUCAGUCAUGGUGUGGGGUGGCAUUUCUUUGGGGGGCCGCACAGCCCUCCAUGUGCUCGCCAGAGGUAGCCUGACUGCCAUUAGGUACCGAGAUGAGAUCCUCAGACCCCUUGUGAGAUCAUAUGCUGGUGCGGUUGGCCCUGGGUUCCUCCUAAUGCAAGACAAUGCUAGACCUCAUGUGGCUGGAUUGUGUCAGCAGUUCCUGCAAGAGGAAGGCAUUGAUGCUAUGGACUGGCCCGCCCGUUCCCCAGACCUCAAUCCAAUUGAGCACAUCUGGGACAUCAUGUCUCGCUCCAUCCACCAAUGCCAUGUUGCACCACAGACUGUCCAGGAGUUGGCGGAUGCUUUAGUCCAGGUCUGGGAGGAGAUCCCUCAGGAGACCAUCUGCCACCUCAUCAGGAGCAUGCCCAGGCGUUGUAGGGAGGUCAUACAGGCACUUGGAGGCCACACACACACUACUGAGCCUCAUUUUGACUUGUUUUUAGGACAUUACAUCAAAGUUGGAUCAGCUUGUAGUGUGGUUUUCCACUUUAAUUUUGAGGGUGACUCCAAAUCCAGACCUCCAUGGGUUGAUAAAUUUGAUUUCCAUUGAUAAUUUUUGUGUGAUUUUGCUGUCAGCACAUUCAACUAUGUAAAGAAAAAAGUAUUUAAUAAGAUGAUUUCAUUCAUUCAGAUCUAGGAUGUUUAAGUGUUCCCUUUAUUUUUUUUGAGCAGUGUAUAUUAUAGUGGGGUGAGGUGGGUAUAUGUAUAUUAUAGUGGGGUGAGGUGGGUGUAAAGAUAUUAUAGUGGGGUGAGGUGGGUGUAAAGAUAUUAUAGUGGGGUGAGGUGGGUGUAAAGAUAUUAUAGUGGGGUGAGGUGGGUGUAAAGAUAUUAUAGUGGGGUGAGGUGGGUAUAUGUAUAUUAUAGUGGGUUGAGGUGGGUACAAGAUAUUAUAGUGGGGUAUUUGUAUUUAUUAAGGAUCCCCAUUAGCUGCUGCCAAGGCAGCAGCUACUCUUCCUGGAGUCCAGCAACAUUAAGGCAGUUACAUACAAUUUAAAGUAUUACAUGACAUUACAUUUCAGAACACUUUACCCAAUACAUUUAGUGUGUUCCCUCAGGCCACUACUCCACUAUCACAUAUUUACAAUACAACAUCCAUGUGUACGUGUGUGUAGAGUGUGUGUCUUAUCAUGUGAAUGUGUGUCUGUGCCUGUGUGUGUGUGUGUCUCUUCAGAGUCCCCGCUGUUACAUAAGGUGUAUUUUUAUCUUUUUUUAAAUCUGAUUCUACUGCUUGCAUCAGUUACCUGAUGUGGAAUUGAGUUCCAUGUAGCCAUGGCUCUAUGUGUGUGUGUCUCCCACAGUCUGUUCUUGACUUGGGGAUUGUGAAGAGACCUUUGGUGACAUGUCUUGUGGGGUAUGCAUGGGUGUCCGAGCUGAGUGUUAGUAGUUUAAACAGACACCUCGGUGCAUUCAGCAUGUCAACACUUCUUACAGAAACAAGUAGUCAUGAAGUCAAUCUCUCCUCCACUUUGAGCCAUGAGAGAUGUACAUGCAUAUUAUUAAUGUUAGCUCUCCGUGUACAUUUAAGGGCCAGCAGUGCUGCUCUGUUCUGAGCCAAUUAUAAUUUUCUGAGGUCUCUCUUUGUGGCACCUGACCACACGACUGAACAGUAGUCCAGGUGCGACAAAACUAGAGCCUGUAGGACCUGCCUUGUUGAUAGUGUUGUUAAAAAGGCAGAAGUGCUUUAUUAUGGACAGACUUCUCCCCAUCUUAGCUACUGUUGUAUCAACAUGUUUUGACCCAGACAGUUUACAAUCCAGGGUUACUCCAAGCAGUUUAGUCACCUCAACUUGCUCAAUUUCCACAUGAUUUAUUACAAGAUUUAGUUGAGGUUUAAGGUUUAGUGAAUGAUUUGUCCCAAAUACAAUGCUUUUAGUUUUUGAAAUAUUUAGGACUAACUUAUUCCAUGUCACCCAUUCUGAAACUAACUGCAGCUCUUUGUUAGGUGUUGCAGUAUUUAAAUUCGCUGUAGUAGCUGAUGUCUAUAGUGUUGAGUCAUCCGCCUACAUAGACACACUGGCUUUACUCAAGGCCAGUGGCAUGUCAUUAGUAAAGACUGAAAAAAGUAAGGGCCUAGACAGCUGCCCUGGGGAAUUCCUGAUUCUACCUGGAUUAUGUUGGAGAGGCUUCUACUAAAGAACAUCCUCUGUGUUCUGUUAGACAGGUAACUCUUAAUCCACAAUAUAGCAUGGGGUGUAAAGCCAUAACACAUACGUUUUUCCAUCAGCAGACUAUGAUCGAUAAUGUAAAAAGCCGCACUGAAGUCUAACAAAACAAUAUUUUUAGCAUACAUUUCUCUCAGCCAAUUAUCAGUCAUUUGUGUGAGUGCUUGUUGAAUGUCCUUCGAUAAAAGCAUGCUGGAAGUCUGUUAGCAUUGUAAAAUACAAUAUUUUCCAAAAGUUUACUAACGGUUGAUAACAGGCUGAUUGGUCAGCUAUUUGUGCCAGUAAAGGGGGCUUUACUACUCUUAGGUAGCGGAAUUACUUUUGCUUCCCUCCAGGCCUGAGGGCACACACUUUCUAGUAGGCUUAGAUUGAAGAUAUGGCAAAAAGGAGUGGCAAUAUCGUCCACUAUUUUCCAUCCAAGUUGUCAGACCCCGGUGGCUUGUCAUUGUUGAUAGACAACAAUACUUUUUUCACUUCUUCCACACUCACUUUACGGAAUUCAAAUUACAAUGCUUGUUUUUCAUAAUUUGAUCAGUUAUACUUGGAUGUGUAGUGUCAGCGUUUGUUGCUGGCAUGUCAUGCCUAAGUUUGCCAAUGAAAAAAUCAUUGAAGUAAUUGGCUAUAUCAGUGGGUUUUGUGAUGAAUGAGCCAUCUGAUUCAAUGAAUUAUGGAGCUUAGUUUGCCUUUUUACCCAAAAUUUCAUUUAAGGUGCUCCAAAGCUUUUUACUAUAAUUCUUUAUGUCAUGGGGUGGGUAUAAGAUAUUAUAGUGGGGUGAAGUGGGUAUAAGAUAUUAUAGUGGGGUGUGGUGGGUAUAAGAUAUUAUAGUGGGGUGUGGUGGGUAUAAGAUAUUAUACAUUUACAUUUUUACAUUUUAGUCAUUUAGCAGACGCUCUUAUCCAGAGCGACUUACAGUUAGUGAGUGCAUACAUUAUAUUUUUUCAUACUGGCCCCCCGUGGGAAUCGAACCCACAACCCUGGCGUUGCAAACGCCGUGCUCUACCAACAUCCCUGCCGGCCAUUCCCUCCCCUACCCUGGACGACGCUGGGCCAAUUGUGCGCCGCCCCAUGGGUCUCCCGGUGAAGUGGGUGUAAGAUAUUAUAGUGGGGUGUGGUGGGUAUAAGAUAUUAUAGUGGGGUGUGGUGGGUAUAAUAUAUUAUAGUGGGGUGUGGUGGGUAUAAGAUAUUAUAGUGGGGUGUGGUGGGUAUAAGAUAUUAUAGUGGGGUGUGGUGGGUAAUCAUAUUAUCAGUGGUGUGUGGUGGGUCUCCAGCUAUUCUCGUGGGGUGUGGUGGGUCUCCGCUUCUUUAGUGGGGUGUGGUGGGUCUCUAUAUUCAUCACUGGGGGUGUGGUGGGUGUAGAUCUUAUGUGGGGUGUGGUGGGUCUCCGUCUUUGUGGGGUGUGGUGGGUCUACGCUUUCUAAAUGGGGUGUGGUGGGUAUCCCUCUUUCAGUGGGGUGUGGUGGGUUCAGCUAUUAUCGUGGGGUGUGGUGGGUCUCAAGCUCUUCUAGUGGGGGUGGUGGGUCUCCGUCUUCUGUGGGGUGUGGUGGGUCUCCGCAUAUUCUCGUGGGGUGUGGUGUGUCAUCAAGCUCUUCUGUGGGUUGUGGUGGGGGUAUAACUCUCUUCUAGUGGGGGGUGGGUGGUGGGGUACUCCAAGAUCCUCUAUCUCGUGGGGUGUGUUGGGGUCCCAAGAAUCUUCUCGUGGUGUGGUGGUUGGGUAUCAUCGAUAGUUAUCGUGGGGUGUGUGGGGUCUAACCGGAAGAGAGGGCACAUGACAUGACAUGGGGAGAAUGACGUUAGUUUGAUCAAGGCUGGGCCUCGGGCCCUACGGGAGAGAGUCUGGACCCCACUAGAACAUGUGUCUUAGCAAUGUUGCAAUAGUCACUGCAAACCAAAUGGUGUGUUUGUGUGUGUGAGUGAGAGAGGUAAUGGUGAUGAUUCAAAGUUGUAAUUACAGCAUAUCAACGCCAGGCCUGAUGCUCUGCUGUCAUUAUCCCAUCAUUAGGCUGAGACUGGAGAGAAUGGAACCCAUGGUGCACUUGUUUGAACUCUACCAUACCUGCACCCCCCCCCCCCCCCCCCCCCCCCCCCCCUCUGUGUAGUUCCUGCCGCCGAGCCCAUCGAAUAUGCACAGUUUCCGUUCUACCUCAACGGGCUCCGCGAGACCCCCCAGUUUGUGGAGGCCAUCGAGUCGGUGCGAGCCAUCUGCAGUAACUACAGCCGCCAGGGCCUGCCCAGCUACCCCAACGGCUACCCCUUCCUCUUUUGGGAGCAGUACGUAGGCCUCAGACACUGGCUGCUGCUCUCCAUCAGCGUGGCGCUAGCCUGCACCUUCCUCGUCUGUGCCCUCUUCCUGCUCAACCCCUGGACUGCCGGCAUCAUCGUGAGUACACACACUCAGACGCAGAGAUAUACACACACACACACAGAUACAUACACACAAAGAGAUACCAGUGGCGACCCGUCAUUCAGGGCAGCCCCACCUGUUUAGUUUUUGCCAGUUUUGCAUGUUAUUUUGGCAUUAAUACGUGUCACAUAAUUUUUUUAAAUUAAGUUAAUAAAGCCGCAUACACAAAUAUGGUCUCUUUUUUGCUUUCUUGAGUAAGGAAGGCAGCUCCAAAAUGCAGAUGUUUCAGCCUAGCUUGUGUUGUGGCUUUGCUGGCAUGCAUCUAAACAAAAUGUUUUGAGUUUGCCCUACCAAGAUUGACAUGCUAAAAUCACCACUGAGAGAUACACACUCACUCGUGCGUAGGGUUACAAAAGUAGGGUAUAUUACAGAAAACAUUUUAAAUUUACCAGUAAACUACCAGAAUUGUUGUAUCAUUCAAGGAUUUUAUGUAAUCUAUCACAAGACAUCUAGUGGCCCUUUUGGGUAGUUCAGAUUAUCACAGGUGUCUGUAAUUAUCUCUGGCCCACUGUGUGGCCUUAUCACAAGUAAAAUAAUUAAAUAAGAUUAUUUUGAAAUAAAAACAAUUUAUGACAAAGCUGUAAAACAUGAUCCUAAAUAUAAACCAUCAACUUAGUGAAUACCAUUGGUGUUUAAUAUGAUGGUUUCAGCAUGAAAUAUCCUUUAUAUAUAUUUUUUACACACUGAUUUAUUUUACUAUGUCAAUAUGUAUUUGUUGUCAAUGUUUUGCUGUCAAACUGGUGGAAAUUGUGAAAUAAAUCAAUAGUUGGAAGAGUUAAUAGAAAAUGCAAUUGUUGCUAUUUUCUCUUGAACCAUACAUUCUUAGAAGAAAGGGUUCUUCAGCUUUCCCCAUAGGAGAAACCUUUGGUUCCAGGUAGAACCCUCUGUGGAAAGGGUUCUCCAUGGAACUCAAAACGGUUCUAUUUGGACCCAAAACGGUUCUUCAAAGGGUUCUCCUAUGGGGACAGCCGAAGAACCAGUUUAGGUUCUAGAUAGACCAUACACUCUUAGAAAAAAAAGUGCUAUCUAUUUGUAACGAUGACGCUGGGAGUCAAGAAGCAGGUGGUAAGUUGAAUAAAACAAUGAACAUGGAACGAUACCAAACAGGAGUAGUGUCUGGACAUGAAACACAUCAUCAAUACUGUGUGGGGAAUUAACCUAAGGGAGUGACAGAUAUAGGGGAAGUAAUCAGUGAAGUGAUGGAGUCCAGGUGAGUCUCAUGAUGAGGCGCAGGUGCGCGUAAUGAUGGUUGUCAGAGCCAGUGAUUAGUAAACCGGCGACAUCGAGCGCCGGAGAGGGGGUGCUGGAGUAGACGUGACACUACUAGAACAGGGAUCAUCAACUAGAUUCACUCGCGGGCCGAUUUCUUUCUUGAGCGGAUGAUCGGGGUCCAGAACAUAAUUACAAAUAAUUAGUAGACUGCAAAUUGACCGCAAGAAGCCCAAAUAGAUAUAAUGUUUGACUAAAACAUAAUCAUUUCAGACCAUGCUUACAUUUGUAUACAAUCACGUCUCUCUAUUAUGCGUGGGAAUACUUGAGAACAGAUUUAAAAUCACUUGGAGCUGAUUUCCUGGUGUUUUUACAGUCCAUGUCCAACAAUGAAAAUGCUAAUAUAUACAUAUAUAUAUUUUUGAUUUUUUUUUUGGCUCAGAAAACUUGGGGGGCAAUAUAUAACUACGCGUGGGCCAAAUCUGUCCUUUGGGCCGCCAGUUGGGGAACUCUGUAAACUCAUGGACAAUAUGUACACAGAUAUAAUAAAUGAAUACUAUAUAUACAGUACCAGUCAAAAGUUUGGACACACCUACUCAUUCAAGGGUUGUUCUUCAUUUUUACUAUUUUCUACAUUGUAGAAUAAUAGUGAAGACAUCAAAACUAUGAAAUAACACAUAUGGAAUCAAGUAGUAACCAACAAAGUGUUAAACAAAUCAACAUAUAUUUUAUAUUUUAGGUUCUUCAAAGUAGCCACCCUUUGCCUUGAUGACAGGUUUGCACACUCUUGCCAUUCUCUCAACCAACUUAAUGAGGAAUGCUUUUCCAACAGUCUUAAAGGAGUUCUCACAUAUGCUGAGCACUUGUUGGCUGUUUUUCCUUCACUCUGCCGUCCAACUCAUCCCAAACCAUCUCAAUUGGGUUGAGGUCAGGUGAUAGUGGAGGCCAGGUCAUCUGAUGCAGCACUCCAUCACUCUCCUUCUUGGUCAUAUAGCCCUUACACAGACUGGAGUUGUGUUUUGGGUCAUUGUCCUGUUGAAAAACAAAUGAUAGUCCCACUAAGUGCAAACAAGAUUGAAUGACAUAUCGCUGCAGACUGCUGUGGUAGCAAUGCUGGUUAAGUGUGCCUUGAAUUCUAAAUAAAUCACUGACAGUGUCACCAGCAAAGCACCAUCACACCUCCUCCUCCCUGCUUCAUUUUUACAUUUACAUUUUUAGUCAUUUAGCAGACGCUCUUAUCCAGAGCAACUUACAUUAUCUAUUUUUUUAAUUAAUUUUUUAUACUGGCCCCCCGUGGGAAUCAACGCCAUGCUCUACCAACUGAGCUACAUCCCUGCCGGCCAUUCCCUCCCCUACCCUGGACGACGCUGGGCCAAUUGUGCACCGCCCCAUGGGUCUCCCGGUCACGGCCGGCUACGACAGAGCCUGGAUUCGAACCAGGAUCUCUAGUGGCACAGCUAGCACUGCGAUGCAGUGCCUUAGACCACUGCGCCACUCGGGUUCAUGGUGGGAACCUACUUUGCGUCUCAUAAAGACGGCGGUUGGAACCAAAAAUCUCAAAUUUGGACUCAUCAGACCAAAGGACAGAUUUCCAUCAGUCUAAUGUCCAUUGCUCGUGUUUCUUGGUCCAAGCAAGUCUCUUCUUAUUAUUGGUGUCCUUUAGUAGUGGUUUCUUUGCUGAAAUUUGGCCAUGAAGGCCUGAUUCACGCAGUCUCCUCUGAACAGUUGAUGUUGAGAUGUGUCUGUUAAUUGAAUUCUGUGAAGCAUUUAUUUGGCCUGCAAUUUCUGAGGCUGGUAACUCUAAUGAACUUAUCCUCUGUAGCAGAGUUAACUCUGGGUCUUCCUCUCCUGUGGCAGUCCUCAUGAGAGUCAGUUUCAUCAUAGCGCUUGAUGGCUUUUGCGACUAUAGUCGUGGUCAAAAGUUUUGAGAAUGACACAAAUACUAAUUUUCACAAAGUCUGCUGCCUCAGUUUUGAUGAUGGCAAUUUGCAUAUACUCCAGAAUGUCAUGAAGAGUGAUCAGAUUAAUUGCAAUUAAUUGCAAAGUCCCUCUUUGCAUUGUAAAUGAACUUAAUCCCAAACAAAACAUUUCCACUGCAUUUCAGCCCUGCCACAAUAGGACCAGCUGCCAUCAUGUCAGUGAUUCUCUCGUUAACACAGGUGAGAGUGUUGACAAGGACAAGGCUGGAGAUCACUCUGUCAUGCUGAUUGAGUUAGAAUAACAGACUGGAAGCUUUAAAAGGAGGGUGAUGCUUGAAAUCAUUGUUCUUCCUCUGUUAACCAUGGUUACCUGCAAGGAAACACGUGCCGUCAUCAUUGCUUUGCACAAAAAGGGCAUCACAGGCAAGGAUAUUGCUGCUAGUAAGAUUGCACCUAAAUCAACCAUUUAUCAGAUCAUCAAGAACUUCAAGGAGAGAGGUUUGCUCAGGAAUGGCAGCAGGCAGAUGUGAGUGCAUCUGCACGCACAGUGAGGCGAAGACUUUUGGAGGAUGGCCUGGUGUCAAGAAGGGCAGCAAAGAAGCCACUUCUCUCCAGGAAAAACAUCAGGGACAGACUGAUAUUCUGCAAAAGGUACAGGGAUUGGACUGCUGAGGACUGGGGUAAAGUCAUUUUCUCUGAUGAAUCCCCUUUCCGAUUGUUUGGGGCAUCCGGAAAACACCUUGUCCGGAGAAGACAAGGUGAACGCUACCAUCAGUCCUGUGUCAUGCCAACAGUAAAGCAUCCUGAGACCAUUCAUGUGUGGGGUUGCUUCUCAGCCAAAGGAGUGGGCUCACUCACAAUGUUGCCUAAGAACACAGCCAUGAAUAAAGAAUGGUACCAACACAUCCUUCGAGAGCAACUUCUCCAAACCAUCCAAGAACAGUUUGGUGACGACCAAUGCCUUUUCCAGCAUGAUGGAGCACAUUGCCAUAAGGCAAAAGUGAUAACUAAGUGGCUCGGGGAACAAAACAUCUACAUUUUGGGUCCAUGGCCAGGAAACUCCCCAGAUCUUAAUCCCAUUGAGAACUUGUGGUCGAUCCUCAAGAGUCGGGUGGACAAACAAAACCCCCAAAAUUCGGACAAACUAUAAGCAUUGAUUAUGCAAGAAUGGGCUGCCAUCAGUCAGAAUGUGGCCCAGAAGUUAAUUGACAGCAUGCCAGGGCGGAUUGCAGAGGUCUUGAAAAAAAAGGGUCAACACUGGAAAUAUUGACUCUUUGCAUAAACUUAAUGUAAUUGUCAAUAAAAGCCUUUGACACUUAUGGAAUGCUUGUAAUUAUACUUCAGUAUACCAAAGUAACAUCUCACAAAAAUAUAUCAUAACACUGAAGCAGCGAACUUUGUGAAGACCAAUAAUUGUGUCAUUCUCAAAACCUUUGAUCACGACUGUACUUGAAGAAACUUUAAAAGUUAUUGAAAUAUUCCGUAUUGACUGACCUUCAUGUCUUAAAAUAAUGAUGGACUGUCGUUUCUCUUUGCUUAUUUGAUCUGUUCUUGCCAUAAUAUGGACUUGGUCUUUUACCAAAUAAGGGUGUCUUCUGUAUACCACCCCUACCUUGUCAUAACAAAACUGAUUGGCUCAAACGCAAUAAGAAGGAAAGAAAUUCCACAAAUUAACUUUUAACAAGGCACACCUGUUAAUUGAAAUGCAUUCCAGGUGACUACCUCAUGAAGCUGGUUGAGAGAAUGCCAAGAUUGUGCAAAGGGUGGCUACUUUGAAGAAUCUCAAAUAUAAAACAUAUUUUGAUUUGUUUAACACUUUUUGGUUACUACUUGAUUCCAUAUGUGUUAUUUUAUAGUUUUGAUGUCUUCACUAUUAGUCUACAAUGUAUAAAAUAGUAAAAAUAAAGAAAAACCCUUGAAUGAGUAGGUUUGUCCAAACUUUUAACUGGUACUGUACAUAUUAAUAAAAAUAAUAAAAUAAUAAAUUACCAAAGAUAUAAUAGAUUGCCAUAGAUUUUCUGUUAAUUACCAAAUUUCCUGAAAAUUCCGGUAACUUAUGUAAAUUACCAGUAGCUUUGCAACCCUACUCGUGCGACUACACACACACACACACACACACACAACACACACACACACACACCACAGUACACAUUCUAAAGCUGCAUUAUUUUUGCAUUGAUUGCAUGGCCAGAAAGUGUGUUGACAUCAUACUUGAGUAUAAAGUCCAUUUUCAUAAAUCUGUCAGAUUAGAAUCCUGUAAAAGGAGACUUCCUUAUUACAGAACAUUCCAAGAGGAGAUGGGAGGAGAGGAGAUGGGAGGAGAGGGAAGAGAAGAGAGGAGAAGGGAGGAGAGGAGUGGAGAGAUGGGGAGUGGAGGAGAGGAGUGAAGAGAAGGGAGGAGAGGAGAUGGGAGGAGAGGGAAGAGAAGAGAGGAGAAGGGAGGAGAGGAGUGGAGAGAUGGGGAGUGGAGGAGAGGAGUGAAGAGAAGGGAGGAGAGGAGAUGGGAGGAGAGGGAAGAGAGGAGAAGGGAGGAGAGGAGUGGAGAGAUGGGGAGUGGAGGAGAGGAGUGAAGAGAAGAGAAGGGAGGGAAAGGAGUAGGGAGGAGAGGGAAGGGAAGGAAGGAGUGGAGAGAUGGGGAUUGGAGGAGAGUUUUUCUAGCCCAGUCCCGUCCCAGUGUUUAUCUUGUGCUGUUGUGUUUAGUCUACUCUGUCUCUCCCAGAAACUGACCUCAAAUAAAUGGGAAUAGGACACAAAUGACCCAUGCUACCUCCACUCCCACCUAAAAUACAGCCCUUUUCCGUUUUUCUCUCCUACACAUGUGCUGUAGGAGUUCCACAUAGAGUGAAUUUUGACUUUUUCCACAUUUUGUUAAGUUACAAUCCUAUUAUAAAACGGAUCAAAACAUUUUUCUUCUCAUCAAUCUACACACAAUAUCCCAUAAUGACAAAGUGAAAACAAGUUUUUCGAUUUUUUUGCUGAUUUAACUUAUUUAAAUAAGUACUCAGACCCUUCGCUAUGAGACUCGAAAUUGCUCAGGUGCAUCUUGUUUCCACUGAUCCUUGAGAUGUUUCUACAACUUGAUUGGAGUCCACCUGUGGUAAAUUGAAAUUGAUUGGACAUGAUUUGGAAAGGCACACACCUGUCUAUAUAAGGUCCCACAGUUGAGAGUGCAUGUCAGAGCAAAAACCAAGCCAUGAGGUCGAAGGAAUUGUCCGUAGAGCUCCGGAACAGGAUUGUGCCUAGGCACAGAUUUGGGGAAGGGUACGAAAAAAUGUAUGCAACAUUGAAGGUCCCGAAGAACACAGUGGCCUCCAUCAUUCUUAAAUGGAAGAAGUUUGGAACAACCAAGACUCUUCCUAGAGCUGGCCGCCCGGCCAAACUGAGCAAUAGGGGGAGAAGGGCCUUGGUCAGGGAGGUGACCAAGAACCCGAUGGUCAAUCUGACAGAGCUCCAGAGUACCUCUGUGGAGAUAGUAGAACCUUCCAGAAGGACAACCAUCUCUGCAGUACUCCACCAAUCAGGCCUUUAUGGUAGAGUGGCCAGACAGAAACCAGUCCUCAGUAAAAAGCAAAUGACAGCCCGCUUGGAGUUUGCCAAAAGGCACCUAAAGGACUCUCAGACCAUGAGAAACAAGAUUUUCUGGUCUGAUGAAACCAAGAUUGAAGUCUUUGGCCUGAAUGCCAAGCGUCACGUCUGGCGGAAACCUUGCACCAUCCCUACGAUGAAGAAUGGUGGUGGCAGCAUCAUGCUGUGGGGAUGUUUUUCAGUAGCAGGGACUGGGAGACUAGUCAGGAUCGAGGGAAAGAUGAACGGAGCAAAGUACAGAGAGAUCCUUGAUGAAAACCUGCUCCGGAGUGUUCAGGACCUCAGACUGGGGCGAAGGUUCACCUUGCAACAGGACAACAACCCUAAGCAUACAGCCAAGACAACGCAGGAGUGGCUUCGGGAGAAAUCUCUGAAUGUCCUUGAGUGGCCCAGCCAGAGCCCGGACUUGAACCAGAUCGAACAUCUCUGGAGAGACCUGAAAAUAGCUGUGAAGUGACGCUCCCAUCCAACCUGACAGCUUGAGAGGAUCUGCAGAGAGGAAUGGGAGAAAUUCCCCAAAUUCAGGUGUGCCAGGCUUGUAGCUUCAUACCCAAGAAGACUCAAGGCUGUAAUCGCUGCCAAAGGUGCUUCAACAAAGUGCUGAGUAAAGUGUCUUAACACUUAUGUAAAUGUGAUAUUUCAGUAUUUUAUUUUUAAUACAUUUGCAAACAUUUUUAAAAAAACUGUUUUUGCUUCGUCAUUAUGGGGUAUUGUGUGUAGAUUGAUGAUGGGGGGAAAAAAACGAUUUAAUCCAUUUUAGAAUAAGGCUAUAACGUAACAAAAUGUGGAAAAAGUCAAAGGGUCUGAAUACAUUCCGAAUGCACUGUAUACUGUAUAUACUCACACUCAUACAGCCCUGCUCUGUCUCUCCACCAGGUUGUGUUUUUACGACAGGCAGUGUCUAAAGAAGGGCGGGCGGACCACUUGUUCAUCCUCUAGCUCAGGGGUCUCCAACCUUUUCUAAUAUGAGAGCUACUUUGAACAAAUAUAACAUGUCUCUAGGCACAUUCUUCUCUUCUCCUCUAUCCUGCAACUCAUCCCCGGAUCCUUGGUGUACAAAAAAUGUCAAUAUACACUACCAGUCAAAAGUUUUAGAACACCUAUUUAGAACACCUACUCAUUCAAGUAUUUUUCUUUAUUUUUACUAUUUUCUACAUUGUAUAAUAAUAGUGAAAACAUCAAAACUAUGAAAUAACACUUAUCAUGUACCCAAAGAAGUGUUAAACAAAUCAAAAUAUAUUUUAUAUUUGAGAUUCUUCAAAUAGCCACCCUUUGACUUGAUGACAGCUUUGCACACUCUUGCCAUUCUCUCAACCAGCUUCAUGAGGUAGUCACCUGGAAUGCAUUUCAAUUAACAGGUGUGCCUUCUUAAAAGUUAAUUUGUGGAAUUUAUUUCCUUCUUAUUGCGUUUGAGCCAAUCAGUUGUGUUGUGACAAGGUAGGGGGGGUAUGCAGAAGAUAGCCCUAUUUGGUAAAAGACAACUCCAUAUUAUUCUAAGAACAGCUCAGAUAAGCAAAGAGAAAUGACAGUCCAUCAUUACUUUAGACAUGAGGGUCAGUCAAUCCGGAAAAUUUCAAGAACUUUUAAAGUUUCUUCAAGUGCAGUUGCAAAAACCAUCAAGCGCUAUGAUGAAACUGGCUCUCAUGAGGACCGCCACAGGAAUGGAAGACCCAGAGUUACCUCUGCUGCAGAGGAUGAGUUCAUUAGAGUUACCAGCCUCAGAAAUUGCAGGCCAAAUAAUUGCUUCACAGAUUUCAAGUAAGACACAUCGCAACAUCAACUGUUCAGAGGAGACUGUGUGAAUCAGGCCUUCAUGGUCGAAUUGCUGCAAAGAAACCAGUACUAAAGGACACCAAUAAGAAGAAGAGACUUGCUUGGGCCAAGAAACCCGAGCAAUGGACAUUAUACCGGUGGAAAUUUGUCCUUUGGUGUGGAGUCCAAAUUGGAGAUUUUUGGUUCCAACCGCAUGUGUAUUUCCCACCAUAAAGCGUGGAGGAGGGGGUGUUAUGGUGUGGGGGUGCUUUGCUGGUGACACUGUCUGUGAUUUAUUUAGAAUUCAAGGCACACUUAACCAGCAUGGCUACCACAGCAUUCUGCAGCGAUACGCCAUCCAAUCUUGUUUGGGCUUAGUGGGACUAUCAUUUGUUUUUCAACAGGACAAUGACCCAACACACCUCCAGGCUGUGUAAGGGCUAUUUUACCAAGAAGAAAAGUGAUGGAGUGCUGCAUCAGAUGACCUGGCCUCCACAAUCCCCUGACCUCAACCAAAUUGAGGUGGUUUGGGAAUGAGUUGGACCGCAGAGUGAAGGAAAAGCAGCCUACAAGUGCUCAGGAUAUGUGGGAACUCCUUCAAGACUGUUAUAAAAGCAUUCCAAGUGAAGCUGGUUGAGAGAAUGUUAAGAGUGUGCAAAGCUGUCAUCAAGGCAAAGGGUGGCUAUUUGAAGAAUCUCAAAUAUAAAAAUAUAUUUUUAUUUGUUUAACACUUUUUUGGUUACUACAUGAUUCCAUAUGUGUUAUUUCAUAGUUUUGAUGUCUUCACUAUUAUUCUACAAUGUAGAAAAUAGUAAAGAUAAAGAAAAACCCAGGAAUUAGUAGGUGUUCUAAAACUUUUGACCGGUAAAUGUACCUGGUAAAAUAAUGGUUAAUUAACAGUAUUCAGCUUGACAGGCCCCAUACAAUUAUAUUCAGAAUUUUCCAUAAUUCUGUUUUCUCUGUUUUAUUUUUCCUGGUUUAGAAAUUCUUUCAUUUUUUUUACUCUCAAUAAUACAAUUAUUCAUAGAGAAACAACGGAAAUGGAUUUUCUGAAUCCAUGUCAAUGCUUAAAUCACACAAAAGAAAAUGUUUCAGGUCUGGAAAAAAAACUAGCACAUUUGUAUUUUUGAGGGUAGUAACCCUUUUAAUUGUGCAUCUAGCAAGAGAGGAAUGUGUUGAUCUAGCAAUGUUUCUGGUGCACAUGUAGUUCUGUCAGGUAAGCCUACUUUGCGGUUAACAUUUAAUUUAGAAGGUUAUUGGGGAAAGUCUUUCUUUUUACCCACACGACGGUUAUCAUUAGCAUCUAGUACUGAGUGAUUAGUGUUUUUGAGGUCGGUUCGGUUUCGGUUCGAUUAUUACAAAAUAAUCACGGUUUUCGAUUUCAGGAAAAAAAAACAAAAAAAAACAUUAAAUGCACUAUGCAUUAUGUGGGUUGAAUGCUGCAACAACACAGAAUAGCACAAUUAAUACAAAUCCCGUGAUGGUAGUGACUGCCCAUUACUGUUUAUCACUUAUUAAUCAUUAUUUAUUCACACUUUACUUUAAUAAAAUAUUCAGUUGUUAUGUAUAGUACAUUAGUUUUAUUUGAUGACUAUUAUUUCAUUCCAAGUCAUCAUCUCAUCUCUAUAGAGCUGCUGCCUAUGCUGUCUGAGUAAAUCACUAUUUUAGUAGUUCUAAAUGAAAGUCAGAUAAAUGAAUAGCAGAAUUUGCAUAUGACUGCUGAAUAUCAACUAUCAAUUACUUAGAUCAUGUAUUUUCAGGUAUAGAUAUUUUGCAAAGCAACUGCUCUCUAUCCCUGUCAAUCAUGCAUUCUUCUGUCUCUUCUCUCAGUGUCUGCCUGACCUACCUUAGUGUGCCAGACAGUAACAUAACAUAGCAGGGCAUAAAAAAUAAUCACACAGAGGUGCGCAAUUUAGGUGCGCAAUUUAUGGCUAUUGUAGUUCAUUACCACGUUUUCUGCGCUAAACUAUGUAGAAUAUUGGCCUGUUGGAAAGGACAACUCCCUACUACAUCGCACAGUUCGGGCUUGAUCUGAUUUAGCUCUCGAGAAACGUACUGCGCAAUGUACGCAUUGAGCUCAGAAUCCCCCAAACAAAAUGGAAUUUAAAUAAUUGAACCAAUGUUGGUCAAUUAGUGUUUAGAACGAAAAAUAACUGACAUUUCGGUUUAUCGCUCGGCACUAUUAGCUUCUGGCUACAUGGAGUGAUAAAGAAACACGCGCACCAAACAGACAGACAGGGGCAAUAUUGCUGGAAAUUAAUUGGCAGAUAUUGUGUUACGUUUGGCUUUUUAUGUCAAUGUGGCUUUUAUUGGAUAGUAGCCGGGAGCUUUAUGUUUGACAGUUUGCGAUUGAACAAAUUAAAAAAUGCAUGUACUUUCAGAAUUGCUUGGCGAGCUACUCAUAGGUGCUCGAUCUACCCGUUGGAGACCCCUUCUCUAGCUUUACAAAACAAAUAAUAGGACAAGUUAUGGCGCGGCUUGAAUUUGAACAAUUUUCUUUGUCCAGAACAGGCCACCUGUAUCCUUACUUACACCCCCUAUCCCCUGCCUCCUAACCUCCAUAGCCAAACCCUUACCCCUGCCCUUACCCCCAGCUACAGGCCACACACAGACACACAGACACAGACACACACACACACACACACUAGUGAUGACUUUGACUCCAGGUAUCGAUUCGUAAAAAUAAUAUAUAUAUAUAUAUAUAUAUAUAUAUAUAUAUAUAUAUAUAUAUAUAUAAUCGCUAGGUCUGGUAUUUGUCAUCCUAUAGCUUGUUUUCCAUCUUCUUUUUAAAUAGUGGACCAACAUUUUUUCGGCACUUUUCCAUUACUGAUCAAAACUCGUUUUCUCAUGAUCUCUCUUGUCUGUCUGCAGCAGACAUAUAUAGUGAGCAAUAUGCUUGGAACAUCAAAUCACAAUAAAAUUGCAGUAUCGAAUCAAAAUGUAUUGUAUUGUGAGGUCCCUGGCAAUUCCCAGCCCUAACACACACACACACACACACACAUUUUGUUCUUCCACUAAUCCCUUACCCUAACCCUAAUUUUAACCCUAACGCUAAAUCGAACCCCUAAGUUUAAAAUAGCCUUUGUCUUCAUGGGGAUGUGUUAAAUGUCCCCAUGAGGGAGAGUUUUCUUGUUUUACUAUCCUUGUGGGGACUUCUGGGUAUUUUAGGCCCCAACAAGUAUAGAAGGACCAACCCGCACACACAGACACACAUGUUUUACUGUCUUUUGGUUGGGACGUUAAACGGGUGACCUGACUCUCUGUGGUCACUAAAUAUCACAUUGCACUUAUCGUAAGAGUAAGGGCGUUAACCCCGGUGUCCUGGCUAAAUUCCCAAUCUGGCCCUCUAAUACCAUCAUGGCCACCUAAUCAUCGCUAAACCUAACCCCUAAGCUUUAAAAUAGCCUUUGUCCUCAUGGUGAUGUGGGAAAUAUCCCCACGAGGGAGGAUUUUCCUUGUUUUUCUAUCCUUGUGGGGACCUAAAAUCCCCAAAAGUCCCCACAAGGAUAGUAAAACAAGGAAAAUUCUCCCUUGAACCAAGAACCAACCCCCCCCCCCCCCCCCACACACACACACACACACAAACACACACACACUUUCUGUACCAUUUCAUGAUUGAUGGGUUCCUGUUUCUUCUAACCAUAGAACAGAACGGUCAUGAACGGUCAUGUUGGGGUUCUGAUUCUCUGUAUCCUGGUCUUGUCUCUGAUGACCGUGGAGAUGUUUGGAUUCAUGCUGGGCUUGUUCUCUGGGUUAAAAACUGUACAUGGUCUCUAAUUGUCAUUAACGGUUGUGUUGCGGUCUGUCUGUUUCAGGUCCUGGUCCUGUCUCUGAUGACCGUGGAGUUGUUUGGUAUGAUGGGUCUGAUAGGGAUCAAGCUCAGUGCUGUUCCUGUGGUCAUCCUCAUUGCCUCUGUAGGCAUCGGAGUAGAGUUCACUGUCCAUGUUGCUCUGGUGAGUACACACACACACACAAUAUCUUUUACUAUCCUUGUGGGGACCUACAAUCCUAUUUUCCCUAACCCCUAACCCAAAACUUACCCUAACCAUAACCCUAACCUUAAACCUAACCCCUAACCAUAACCCUAACCUUAAACCUAACCUUAAACCUAACCUUAAACCUAACCUUAAUCCUAACCUUAAACCUAACCCCUAAGCCUAAAAUAGCUUAAAAUAACACACGCACACACACACAAAGAAAGUGUUUUGUAUAUUUACAAAUGACAUUAUAGUUUGACUGAGGAGUUGUGUGUGUAUGUGUGUGUGUGUGUGUGUGUGUGUGUUGCAGGCGUUCCUCACAGCGAUAGGAGACCGUAACAGACGGGCAGUGCUGGCGUUAGAACACAUGUUUGCUCCUGUGUUGGACGGAGCCUUCUCUACUCUACUAGGAGUUCUCAUGCUAGCAGGCUCAGAGUUCGACUUCAUCGUCAGGUGAGUGGGACCAGUUGUGGAACACAGACAGACACACACACAAACACACACACACACGAACACACACACUCAUGCACAAAGACUACAUGCACACUCUCAUACACACAUGCUCAUGCAAAGAGACUCAUACUCUCUCUCUCACACAUGCGCAAUCUCUCCCACUAUUUCUAAUACACACUAGUGUUGUCACGAUACCAGAACUUUUACUUCGAUACCAAUACCAAGUUUAGUAUCAAGAUGAUUGAUAUCAUCAUGAUGCUCAAUACCAAAAUGAUACCAAAACGAUAGCACUGCAAAAAAAAGAAAGCAUAUUAUCCCUAUCAGUCACGAGACCCCAGCAAAAAUCUGCUAUUCAUUUAUCUGACUUUCAUUUAGCUGCAUGUCCAGGCCUUAUAUUUAGCAUCACAAUGAAGUGUUUGCCAUUUUCUUUUCAGGACAAGCAGGGCUACAAGUAAAACACAAAACAAUUUGACAUAAACAAUUGCAUGUUUAAGUUUUAUUGACAAAUGUCAUUUUAAAAAAUGUCAGCAAAAGCCUGAUAAAAAUGAAUUUAUAUGAAUGCUGUAAGUACAUUAAUUAUUUGCUCACUAAGAAAUUAAUAUCAAACUAGUCAGUGACAACUGUGUGGAGUUUGUGACAGCAUCCUGUAGGUUCAUGCUCUACAACAUUCGGAGAGUACGACCCUGCCUUACACAGGAAGCGGCACAGGUCCUAAUCCAGGCACUUGUCAUCUCCCGUCUGGAUUACUGCAACUCGCUGUUGGCUAGGCUCCCUGCCUGUGCCAUUAAACCCCUACAACUCAUCCAGAAUGCCGCUGCCCGUCUGGUGUUCAACCUUCCCAAGUUCUCUCACGAUAAAGAUCUGCCCUUGUCUCACAAACACCGCUCUAGCCCAGCCCCCAUUAAUCACACAGACUAAUGUUUGGUAUUUAUGGAUGCAGAAUAAUUUGAUGGAUCCAAUAGUACAGAAGUCUGAAGCUCAAACACACAAUGUUUAUAAGGGAUUAGAUGUCCAAAACGCACUGGCGUUACAGUGGGACUCAUUGGGUUAACCAAGGUCACAGAAUGGCACUUGAUCCAGAAAGCUAAACUCAGCUACUGCUCUGUUCAAUCGUUCAAUAUCAUUACAUUUGACAUUUCUGACGUAAAAAAAAAUUCUGAGACAGCCGUGUAUGCAUUAAUGAAUCAAUUAUACAAUCGUACAUUUGACUUUGUUUUUACCAAUCUAACUACAUAACAACAUAAUGGUAAUAAUUUAUUUGAAUGACAAAUCUCAAUUGAUAAACUGGGUAAAUCAAGAUGUAGCCUACGCCUAUUCACAUGAAUGCAUAUUCAAUAGGAGUGUGUGCAUGCAUUGAGUUAUUGAGCUUGUUUGGGCUGAUUUCAGAGGAUAGAGAUGACAAACAAUCUGUUUCCAUUUUGGGACUUAUUUUAUUGUACUGAUCAUCAUAAUUUGCAUAGAAGUAGUUUAUUUUAUAAAAGUGGCAAGAGGGGGGCGCGAGGGGGGCGGCCUGGAGUCAGUUCGCUGAGGCAAUAGAUAAUCUUUGGGAGAGAUGUGAGAGAGAUACCGAUUAAGUGAAUUAAUUACGUUUUGGUGGCAGCCAGCUUUGAAAUCAGCAUAUUUUGCGUUAUGGUUUGCAUAUUAUCACAAACAAAGUACUAGGGUAGUGAAUUGAAGAUAGCUUCAGCUGUAAGCUAGCAAGAAAAGUUAGCCUACAAAGCUGAAAGCUACUGUUAUCUUCUUGCAUUGUAGUUUUCUAGCCUGUAUGGACAUUGUUUUGAGAACAGUAAUGGACAGUUUCAACAUUUCAAAAUGGCGGUGUCACAAGUGUGUUAACUUCUGUGAUUUUGGUGGUGUUUCAGUGGCGUCAGUCGAGCGUUAAGGCUGUGCCUGAGCCUGCGUGUCAUACAGGAAUCUACCUGAAACACCACUCAUCCGUGAAGGCCGCUUUUCCCUCCAUCCCUUUCUAUUCUUCCUGCCCUCUUUUUUAUUUUCAAGUCUUCACCCCAACCUCUCAUGCCCUGUUACAACACUAUACCUCCUCUCUCUCUCUCUCUCGCUCGCUCUCUCUCUCUCUCUCUCUCUCUUUCUCAAUCUCUCUCUCUCUCUGUCUCUCUCUCUCUCUCUCUCUCUCACUCACUCUCACUCUCACACACACACAUCAAAACUACUGUAGUUGAGGGGAAGGAUGGGAGAAAUGGAAAUGAAAACUGACACAAUGUGGGGGUGUGGGGGGAUGAGCAAAAGUUCCUAUUAUUAAGUGCUAAGCAUAUUGGCUCUAAAUUUAAAAUGUUCAUUG